AUGAUUCCGGGAUGCGACUUUGCCGGCAUUGUCGUCGGGAUUGGGCAAGCAUGCAGUGGUCGCUUCAAGGAGGGCGAUUUCGUAUUUGGCGCGACGCGCUUUGUUGGCGGUGCAAUGGCCGAAUAUGUUGUGUGUCUCGAAGAAUGGGUUGCCCCGUUGCCCAACGGCGUGCCAUUCCACAUUGCCGCCGCAUUGCCGACGGCCAUGCUGGCAGCGUAUCAAGGGCUAGCUCAAGCUAAUGUCAAGGCCGGCGAGAGAGUGCUAGUCUUGGGCGGCAGCGGUGGAAUUGUGUCGGGUCCAGCGUACUAUUUCAUCAAUGUGCAAAUAUCCGACGAGGAUUUGCUGGCGUGCUGCCAGCUGGUGCAGCAGGGCGUGGUCGUGCCUCAUCUCGGUCGCGUGCUGCAGUUCACCCAGUCCGAUGUUCAGCAGGCAAUUUCGACACUUGCGAGUGGUCGCGCCCGCGGCAAGCUGGUCGUGCAAAUUGCCCCGGAGACAACCACUGGCGUCGAUGCCUUGUCCGAGUAUGCUAGACUCGUGUCCACCGUCACCAGCUGCACCGAUCCCGCCGGAUGCGCGUGCGAGCAACCUUCCGAAUCGCUGGUCGCCGCCCAACCGCCCGUUCUCCCAGCCGACGACCAGCCAUAACGUUAUGGCUUGUGUUGUCUUUGGCUCAAAUAGCAUCAUCCUACAAUAGAAGUUCAACUAAACUAAACUCGAC